AUCUACCUCUACAUCUCGCUGGUGAGGCAUUUGCUACCAAACGUACUAGACCCCUAAGUGAAGGCGCCCAUCUAAAUCACGGACCAUCUUGCCCCUAAGUGAAGGUGUAUGCGACAUGGACAGUCAUAGAUUGCUUGUCAUGUCGUUCAUGCCCCGCCAGGUGACAGCUGGCCCGCGUCUGGCUCUCCAAAGGGCUUCACGACGGCCGCUGACCCGUCCUCGUCGUUGCAGACCUGGCCCAGACGGGACGGCUAUUUAACUCUACGGACGUCGCCUUCUUUUCCUCCCGUACAAAUCACCUCUGCUACGACCUGCGAUCCCGCUUCCCACACACAAACCGCGACACGAUGACAACCUCGCCCAUCCACAACCGCUUCCUCAAAUCCCAAGAAGACCUCGGCGUCGUAGCCGUUGGCUUCUCGGGGGGGCAAGGGAAAUCUGGCGUCGAUGAAGGCCCUCAAGUCCUGAUCGAUUCUGGCCUCCUCACCCAGCUCUCCGACUCGCUCGGUUACAAGCUCCAUGGCGAUGACAAGGUCCACUCGUACGCCGAGCUCCUCCCACAAUCCGACGAGCCCUACCGUGGGAUGAAGAAUCCCCUCGCCGUAUCCGCCGUCACGCGCCGCAUCGCAGAACAGACCUACGAACAGUCGCGCGAGGGGCGCAUGACCCUCACGCUAGGAGGUGACCACAGUAUCGCAAUCGGCACUGUGGCGGGCGUCGCAAAGGCAACGCGCGAGAGGCUGGGGCGAGAGACAGCAGUGAUCUGGGUCGAUGCGCACGCAGACAUCAACAGACCGGAGGACAGUGACAGUGGCAACAUUCACGGCAUGCCUGUUGCUUUCCUCACGGGCCUUGCGACCGAGGACAAGGAGGAGUACUUUGGCUGGAUCAAGGACGAGAUGCGCCUGAACAAGAGGAAGCUGGUGUACAUUGGCCUGAGGGACGUCGACCAGGCUGAGAAGGUGAUCCUCAGGGAGCACGGCAUCAAGGCGUUCAGCAUGUUCGACAUUGACAGGCAUGGCAUUGGGCGCGUCGUUGAGAUGGCGCUGGCCCACAUUGGCUCCGACACACCCAUCCACCUGUCCUUUGAUGUCGACGCACUCGAUCCCCAGUGGGCGCCCAGCACGGGCACGCCCGUGCGCGGCGGCUUGACGCUUCGCGAGGGUGACUUUAUUUGCGAGAGCGUGCAUCAGACCGGCAACCUGGUGGCGAUGGAUCUGGUCGAGGUGAACCCCCAGCUGGCCCAGGACCAGCUGGUUGGUGUGCAAGAGACCAUCAGGGCAGGCUGCUCCUUGGUGCGGUGCGCGCUAGGCGAGUCGUUGUUGUAGACUGGCUAGUAGCUCGGGGUUGAGGUACAUUAGGAAACAAAUACAAAUCAGGUCAGCCUUGAUGACGGCGACUUCUGUCAGACUCCAGUUCUCAACCGCCCGGGAGAUCAUCCGCGAUUCUCUGUCUGAUAGUGAUCAAACAUGAAGGCAACAUUGCGGUACGUGUCUUGAUCUUUUCGGUGUUUUCAUUCCUUAUGCAUCUUUGGACUGAUUGGAUCGAAUGCCGGACCUUUCA